CUACUCUGCUGAAGCUUGGCUUGUCCUCUGAGAAUUCUCUGAGCAUUAACAGCGUUCUCUACCUCUCCCUCCCUCUGUUUCUCCCUUUCUCCAUAUUCCCCUCUCCAUACGCCUGUCUCUGUUUCUCUUUCUCCAAUGUUUUCAAACCGAUGAGCAUGCUGUGUGGCUCCUAGCCUCCUACUCAUCACUGCAACUGUAACAGUAACAGCAGAGAUAUCGCCACUCAAGAGGAGUGCCAUCGCCGACAUCUACACACACAGUCACACACACACACCAACGUUGGAUGAACAUCGGCUUAUUCUUCUCAAACGUACGCUGGGGAUGUAGAGAGAGAGAGAGUGUCCACCUGCGCUUAUCUCAUACACAACAGGGCUAAGAGAACUCCAGCAACCACCAGUGAUCUUAGAGGAGUCCUUGGAUUACUGAAGCUUGACUGACCAUUCUAACAAAACCAAAAGGCAAAGCAACAGUGAUCUUAGAGGAGUCCUUGGAUUACUGAAGCUUGACUGACCAUUCUAACAAAACCAAAAGGCAAAGCAACAGUGAGUAAUCUAACAGCUUACCCACUAGCGGGAUGGAGAUUGUGUCCCUUAUGUAACCAACUAUUGAUGGGAGUACUCAUUCCACUCAUUCCAUUCCAGCAUAUUAGGCACUCACUGCGGUGCUUGGUUUGUUUGGUCUGUGUGUUAUCAGGGGGACUAGAUGCAUGGUAGAGAAGCUCGUGGCUCACUACCCAGAUUGAAUGUUCUCUAGUGGCUAGCUGAUGGGUAUGUUGCCUGCUCCAUAUGGAGCUACACCUGCUGUAAAUGUCUAUCUGGGCAUUUAGAGCAAUGACUCUUAUCAGACCCAUCAGUAUGUCUGAUCUGUCUAAUCCUACAGCAGCUGGCCAAUAGGUAAUGAUAUUAAACAUCACUUUUUGAUUAUAUCUACAACUGGAGUGCAUGAAACAGCAUAGACAAAACAUUGAUCAGAUUGAUUGUGUGAUAUGUACUGUAGUGUGAGAGAGUAAGCAGAAAAAUGUUGAAAGCAAAUGACCAUGCGUCAUCAGGUCGGUGCAGACGAAACAAAUGUGAAGUGAUGUUUGGCAAACUUCAUCAGGCACAUCCUGAACCAGCUCUCCACCUCCUCCAACAUCUGAAUCCAUUUUCUUAUGCAGUCAUUCAAAGGGUCAGUACACUGAUUGAAGACCAUGGCCUUGCUUAUGACUGAUGCAUUAACAUACUGCCUAUAGGCAGGAGGUUAACAUUGUUACCUGUUAAUCCAUUAGGAGACACUUUUAUCCAGAGCUAUUUACUGCAGUGAGUGCAUACAUUUUCCUUCUGGUCCCCCAUGUGAAUUGCACCCAGAACCCUGGCGUUGCAAGCAACUGUGUGGCUCAGUUGGAUACGAGCACUUUCUGAGAAGACUAUGCUCAGAGCUGCAAGCUGUAGGUGUACAUGGAAAUAGCUCAGUCUUUAGUUAGCUACUGUAAAAAAAAGCUGUGAAGAGAAAUGUAUACAUCAGAAGACAAUCAAUGUGAUCUGCAUCUGAUAUCAUGUGUUUUGAUGUUAUGUGAUCAAUAUUCAGAAAUGUACUGUACUUUCUUAAAUGCUUGUAUUCUAUUCUUCCCGUCAUUUGAGCAUAACCAUGAAGACCAGACUAGCCUGCCUGUCCAAUAAGUCUGACUCCUACACCGACUUCACUGAGUUCCUGCCCCCUGCCCAAGACAGGACCACCAGAUGCCUAAAGCUGACAAAAGACGAGGUCAUUCGAUGGGCAGAUUCCUUCGAUGUUCUUCUAUCGCACAAGUAUGGCCUGGCUGCCUUCCGGGCUUUUCUCAAGACGGAGUUCAGCGACGAGAACAUUGAGUUCUGGAUGGCCUGCGAGGAAUAUAAAAAAAUCAAGACUCCCGCUAAACUGGUGACCAAAGCCAACAAGAUCUACAAUGAGUUUAUCGAUGUCAAGGCUCCCAGAGAGGUAAACAUAGACUUCCGUACACGGGAGGUGACGAGACAGAGCCUUGAGGAGCCCACUCCUUCCAGUCUGAACGAGGUCCAGGCCAGGGUCCACAGCCUCAUGGAGAAAGACUCUUACCCACGCUUCCUCCGCUCCCAGAUCUACCAGGACUUACUCAAAACGCAGUACACACACUGCCAACGGAACUCUGUCUGAAGAACACACACGUGCAGCCGCAGAUACAUAUACGCACACUUAAGUGAUAAUGCCGUGAAGCCAGUGUUUGGAGGAUAUAUUGGCACUAGGCCAGAGACAAAGUCGAGGGUUGGCAAACCGUGCCAAUAUAUGCCCUAACAUAAACUUCUUGGACAUUAUUACUUUUAUACAACGGGUUAGCAACAUAUUCAAAUAAUGAUUGACGUAUUUUCAUUAAAAACAUUCAUUUGAUAAAUGUAUUCAUACUAUUUCAUCCUUCCACAAUAUAUUGUCCCAAAUCUAGGGUUGCUACCCAAGCUGGCUGGUUGUUCAUUCUAUCGGUUCAGUUGCUAGAGACGCGACCCAGUCAUUCAGAUGUUUUGUUCUGUAUCUAUGGAGGCGACACAGUCGUUCCUUCUAAAUAUUCCAUUGCCAUACUGGCUAGCAACGUUCGUAUCCCUUGCUUGCUAGCUAGAAAACUAUGGCUAACUUACAGUCACAUCAAAAAGUGCAGCCAGAAUAACAGCAAGCAUUUGCAUUUGUUUAAGCUGUUUUCUAGUGACAUUUAUUUGGAUACAUCCAUAACAAUGAGCUAGUGAGGCGCAAUUUCACCUGGCAUAUAACUUCUGCUCACUCGUCAGGAUACAGUCGUUGAGAGGAGCUAGCCAACAACACAGCUAAUGCAAUCACUUCAAACUGAAGCUGGAAAGACUGCAAACUAGCUGCACUUCAUUUCGUUUUACCUUGUUUCAAUUGAUAUUUCUUUGUAUAUAUAUCCAUAAAAAAUUAUGCCAGCUGAUUCAUGAUUUCGACUGGCUGAGAAACGCAGCUUGCCUGUUGGUCUCGUUCCGACUCCCGACACGUUCAUUACUAUGGGACAGCUGGAGAUCGAUACUGAAUAUUGAAACAAUGUUGUAAAUGUCAGAGAGACAUGCUACAAGGUUUAUACAAAUCUCCUCUGUUGAAAACUAAAUGUUAGUCUAAAAUAAAUGUGAGAUAAUAUCUAGAUGCUUUUUAUAGUGGAGAUCAAGUUUAUAAAUUGCUUGGCUGGGCUGAUGAGACAGUGGAUUGCGCAGUCAGAUGGAACAAAGUAAAUAGGCAUUUUAAGUUCAUAGAUUUAGCCAGUGGUAACUUGUGGAAUAGACACCGGCUGGAUUGCUGUUUUAACCAAUCAGAAUUCAGGAUUAGACCCACCCGUUGUAUAAACACACACACAUACAAACACACACACACACUUCUUCAGUAGUUAGAAGAACACAAGUAACCAUUAUUCCUCAAGUCCUAACUUGAGAUAUAUGUGCGUAACUCGAUUUCAGUCUCCCAUUGACAUAGUGAAUCAUGUGAAAGUUUAAGUUAAAAUAUUAAGUUUAGGUAUCAACUUAGGAUUCUAACAGAGGGAUUCAUAGAAUUUAGACAUAUCGUGAUAUUGUGUCGAGCUAGUUUGCACUUAGAAAACAAAAUACCACAAGACCUUGUACUGUGUAUACUUGUAUUACUCUUAUUAGACAACGUGUUGUUUUUGUUCUUGUGUAUUUAUCCUCUCAAUAUAUACUUAUUUUGAAGUUGAUACGUUUCUGGGAAUUUUAUUCAACUUUUGCAGCAUGUCAUGUUCUAUAUAUACUGUAAUAUUCUUUCAGAUUAUUAAUAUUUUGAUUAUUAUUCUUUAAAAAUUACAUAGAAUAUAGAGUAUAAUUGAAUUAUUGAUGAUAUACACACUUUAAAAGAUAUGAUUUAAACUUACUGUGGAUCAGUGAAACUGCAUGAGUAAAAUAUAAAAUAUACAUAUUUGCAAUGGUUUGUUCAUAGUGG